AUGCAGAGCUGCUUGGCGUGUAGAGAUGCCUUCACAGCUCCACCAACACAUGUACAGACACCAGAUCCUUGCCAAACUGAUGGCAGAUUGCUGUGGGGAGCUGCGUGUGCAGUGUGUGCCAUCCUGGCUGCUGUGCUGAGCCAGCUGGCGUUGGAGAGGUAUCGCCACAGCCCCACCAUCACUUCUGUAGAGACCACAGCCUACCCCAUCUGGAACGUGCCAUUCCCGGCUCUCACUCUCUGCAACAACAACAAGGUGUAUGGGCCAGCUGCAGAUAGCUUUAUAGAAAAUCUGACGCGGGCGACUGGUGUGAGCCGGGCGGACGCCCUGGUGGCCCUGCAGCAGCUGCCGCACUUGGUGAACCCAGUGACGCCCAAGGGGGGCCGGAGGGCGGUGCGUGAGGCCGCCGCCUUGCUUUCUGGCUAUCCCGCAGACGUGCUCAUGCGAGAGCUGAUGCAGCCCUGCGAGAAGCUGGUGGUGCGCUGCGAGUGGAACGGGCAGCCGCGGCGCUGCGCUGACCUCGUCCACGCGGUGCCCUCCAUGGAGGGCUUCUGCUGCGGCUUCAACUACCGAGCCCUGCUGCCGGAGCUCGACCCGUGGGUGCACCCCGCUGAGCCGAUGCUGCGGACAGCUAUGGCGGGACCCCGCUCCGGCGUGUCCCUGUUGAUGGACUGCGAGACGCAGCACUACGUGGCAUCGCUAGGCGGCUACUAUGGCGUUUCGGUGUUCGUGCACGACCCGCAAGACUACCCAGAGACGUCGGUGCAGCAGGUGCUGGCGCAGCCGGGCACCGAGGUGUCGGUGGUGCUGGACCCGAGGGCCAUCCACAGCACCAGGGACGUCCGGCGCCUGCCGGCCGAGGCGCGCCGCUGCUGGUUCGACGACGAGGUCGGUCACGCUCCGAUCUCGCUACCGGACUGCGCUGUGUGCUGUACUGUGAGUGGAGUGUUGCUCGCGCGGCACGGAGAGACUGCGCACGCCCCCGCCCUGUUGCAGGUGCGCUCGCUGUCGUGGGCGGACGACUACAGCCACCAGACGUGCAUCAGCGAGUGCCGCCGGAACCUGCUGCUGGCGCUCUGCCACUGCGCACCCUUCUACUACCCCAGAGAAAGAGAAGGAAUUCGUGUUUGCGGCCUGCAGGACGCCGCUUGUAUCGAGCAUCACCAGGGAGAGCUGGCGCGCAUGCGAUUCCACACGUCAGGUGGGGACCGCGUCGGGAACGGUGGGAGAGGCGGGGAGUGGGCGGACCCAACCGCCAGCUGCGUGUGCCUGCCCCAGUGCUCCGACAAGUUCUACUCGGCCACCGCCGAGAAGGUCGCCCUCAGUCCGCAGCUCUUCAACUCGUCCCUCGUCCUGAAAGGCGAGACGUCUCCAAACCUCACUGUCCUAAAUGCUUACUUUGGUGACAUCACCUGCAUCAAGUACCAGAGGACUGUCUACAUGACGUGGGACAAUCUGCUUGCUACUAUCGGGGGCAUCCUGGGCCUUUGCCUGGGGGGCAGCCUGCUGAGCGUCGUGGAGCUGGCUUACUACACCACCCUCUUCCCGUGGCUGCGUCGCCGCCCAGCGCCGCCAACGUCGCAGAAGCUCCACGGCCGCCAUCUGAAGUCGGUGGCUCCGUGCACUUGCCGGGUGCUGCCGCCCGCUUACGGUGCUGCCAAUGGACGGCUGCCCUUCUUCUUCUAA